AUGUCCGCUAAGCUCCUGCCGGUCGUCUUCCUCCUCUCAGUGUUUCACGCCUGUUCUAGAAAGGUGGAAGAGGAUGAAUAUGAAGAUGGAACAACUAACCAAAAAUGGGUUUUAGCUCCAAAAACACAAGAUACAGAUGUGACUCUCAUACUAAACAAGCUGUUGAGAGAGUAUGACAAAAAGCUACGGCCAGAUAUUGGAAUAAAACCCACAGUUAUUGAUGUUGACAUUUAUGUCAACAGCAUUGGUCCUGUAUCAUCAAUAAAUAUGGAAUAUCAAAUUGAUAUAUUUUUUGCCCAGACGUGGACAGAUAGCCGUCUUCGCUUCAACAGCACCAUGAAGAUACUGACUCUGAACAGCAACAUGGUUGGCUUGAUCUGGAUCCCAGACACAAUAUUUCGUAACUCCAAGACGGCGGAGGCUCACUGGAUCACCACCCCCAACCAGCUCCUCCGCAUAUGGAACGACGGCAAGAUCUUGUACACCCUUAGGCUUACCAUCAAUGCUGAGUGCCAGCUACAGCUGCACAAUUUCCCAAUGGAUGAACACUCAUGUCCACUGAUAUUCUCUAGCUAUGGCUAUCCUAAAGAGGAAAUGAUUUACAGAUGGAGAAAAAACUCAGUGGAGGCUGCUGACCAGAAAUCUUGGAGACUCUAUCAGUUUGACUUUAUGGGUCUGAGAAAUACUUCAGAAAUUGUGAAAACCUCUGCAGGUGAUUAUGUAGUCAUGACUAUAUACUUCGACUUAAGUAGAAGAAUGGGAUACUUUACUAUUCAAACAUACAUUCCCUGUAUAUUAACAGUUGUUCUUUCCUGGGUAUCCUUUUGGAUUAAAAAAGAUGCCACACCAGCAAGAACAGCAUUAGGCAUCACCACAGUAUUGACCAUGACAACUUUGAGUACUAUUUGCAAGAAAGUCAUUACCCGUGUCUCCUAUGUCACCGCUAUGGAUUUGUUUGUGACUGUAUGCUUUCUAUUUGUCUUUGCUGCUCUAAUGGAGUAUGCAACCCUCAACUACUACUCAAGUUGCAGGAAACCAAACUGUACUAAGGAAGAAAAACUACCUGAUGUCAGUUUUGGUCAUGUGAUGAAUUAUUCUGUACUUGAUAUGAGACCACCAGCUACAGUCAUCACAUUGAACAAUGCCUUGUAUUGGCAAGAAUUUGAAGAUGCGUGCGUCUAUGAGUGUCUGGAUGGAAAAGACUGCCAGAGCUUUUUCUGUUGUUACGAAGAGUGUAAAUCAGGCUCAUGGAGGAGAGGACGGAUUCACAUAGACAUCUUAGAACUGGACUCUUACUCUAGGGUCUUUUUUCCUACAUCCUUCCUGCUGUUUAACCUGGUCUACUGGGUUGGAUACCUCUAUCUUUAA